AUGAAAUUAGAUGAACAAAAAGAUGAAAGUAUAAAAGAUGAAACAGAAAAUAAAAACCUUUCCCAGCGGAUGAAGAAAUUAAUCUCUAUAUUGAACAGUCCUAUUAUUGAUAUAAACGAACUAAAAAACAUAUUGUGGGGAGGCAUAUCAGAAGAAAUGACAUUUGACGUAAGGGAGAAAUGCUGGAAAUUGGGCCUAGGAUAUUUGCCUCUAAAUCAAGAAGAUACAGAUAAGGUAUUAAAAAAAAAAAGAGAUGAAUAUGAAAAUUUAAAAAAAGAAUAUUAUAACAAAAAUAAAUUAUCUGAAGAAGAAUUGAAAAUUUUACGUCAAAUUAAGGUAGAUAUACCUCGAACAAAAUCAUGUUACAACAUAUUUAAUAAUAAAAAGAUUCAGCAAUUAAGUGAACAUGUAUUAUUUAUAUAUUCUGUGAGACACCCGGCUUGUGGAUACGUACAAGGAAUAAACGAUUUAGUAACUCCAUUUUUAAUCGUAUUUUUAAGACCAAUAGUUUUAAAAAAAGAAAUAAAUUCGAAUGAUAUUGAUAAAAUAACAGAUGAUGAAUUAAAAAAUGUUGAAUCUGAUUUAUAUUUUUGUCUUUCAAAAUUGUUAGAGCAAAUACAAGAUAAUUAUACUUUUGGACAACCAGGAAUUCAAAGAGCAAUAAUCAAAGUUAAAGAAAUUGUAAAAAGAAUUGAUAAUUCUUUGUUUAAUCACAUUUACGAAAAUAAUAUUGAUUUCAUCCAGUUCUCUUUCAGAUGGGUUAACUGUCUUCUACUAAGAGAAUUCCCAAUAAACAUAUCUGUCAGAUUAUUAGACACGUACAUUAGUGAUAUAUGUGACAUUUUUACGGAUUUUCAUCCGUAUAUUUGUGCUGUUUUUUUAGUACAUUGGUCAAAGUAUUUAAAAGAAAUGGAUUUUCAGCAAAUGCUCCUAUUCAUGCAACGUUUUCCCACACACAAUUGGAAGAUUCAAGACAUCGAAUCCAUUUUGUCAGAAGCAUUUGUUUUAAAGAACGCCUUUCAAUCAUCCCCCAAACAUUUUUCGUAG